AUGUUCGACGUGACUGCUCGAUUGACUUAUAAGAACGUUCCCAUGUGGCAUCGCGAUCUUUGUCGGGUCUGUGAGAACAUACCGAUUGUUCUGUGUGGGAACAAGGUGGAUGUGAAGAACAUGCACGUGAAGUCGAAGCAAGUCACAUUCCACAGGAAGAAGAACUUGCAGUACUAUGAGAUCUCAGCAAAGAGCAACUACAACUUCGAGAAGCCUUUCUCUAUCUCGCCAGAAAACUUGUCGGGUAAUUAA